AUGUGGAUUUUGCCUCUUGUCGGUUAUCUGGGCUCCAUCGUCGGGUUCUGCUUCCUGACGCUGGCUAUUGCAUCGGGACUCUACUAUUUGUCUGAACUCGUCGAGGAACACACCGUUAUCGCGAAACGGUUCCUCACGCGUCUGAUCUACUCAGUCAUCGGCCUUCAACUCGUGCUCUGCGUUGUUGAUGGCUUCCCCUUUUUCUUGACGGUCGUGGGCAUCGUUUCCCACGUUGUAUAUCUGGGAAAUAUGCGAAGAUUUCCCUUCGUCAAAUUGACUGACCCUCUUUUCGUUACUUCCUGCGUCCUUGUCCUCAUCAACCACUAUGUCUGGUUCAGGCACUUCUCCAAGGCCCAACAACGGGCAUACAUGAAUAUGUCGUCCUACUACGAUACACCGUCAGACACCCCGACGUUCACGGAGAUCGCGUCAUACUUCGGCCUCUGCGUUUGGCUCGUCCCCUUCGCACUUUUUGUGAGCCUGUCAGCCAGCGACAAUGUGCUGCCAACAAUGGGGAGCGAGGAGCCCUCAAUAACAUCGGGGGGUAUCGGCGGCGGGAGCAAGGCGAGGCGAGGCCAAGGGAUGGCGAAGGCCUUGGUCCACAACAUCAGGGCUGCAAUCGGGCAGGCCGGCGCGCUGGCGGGCUGGAAACGGCCGAAAGACAGGUUUUGA